AUGCGACGCGUCGUGGCGCGUGCUCUUCUAUCGGCGCGGCGCACACCGUGUGGGGUUGCCGCUCCGUUCGGCACAAGCCACCCGCGUCUGCGGGACGUCAGUGUUCCGUGGAGUGUGGCGGGGGGCGGCGACACGCGGGGCGAUGGCGUCGCGGCGUUACGGCGUCCCCAGCGCAGUGGGAACCCAAAGGGCGGCACCCACAGCAACAUUGGUCCUGUAAAAGAUCGUUUCCCGCCUGUUUUGACGGACCUGAGCGACCCAAGGAGGCGGCUGGCCGUUCUCGUGGACGCCUCAAGUGUCGAGCCACGCGUCUUCUACAACACGAUCCUUCCCGCCGCCAAAAAGGUAGGAGUGCCGGUGCUUGUGCGCACAUUCGCAGUGCAGCUAAGUAGUGAGUGGGAGUCACAUCUAUCCGGCAGCGGGGCAACGAAAAAGCUUGACCGGGACCUGAACAGCAGCGCCGAGGCGGAAGCCGCAGAUAUGCCGGAAAUAGUCAACGGGGGGGAGGAGCGGACAAUUGGAAACACAUCCUUGUACACACCCAUAGAGUUUUUUCGCGUGGAGCGGUUUAUACCGGUGUCGAUGCAGAUGGAAGCUGAUGCGAACCACAUUUUUGACUUUCGCCGCCAAAAUAAGAUCGAGGCCGUGUGUUUUGUUUGCAGUGAAGUUGACCGGGGCGUGUUUGAGGGAUUUCUGCCGAACAUUGCCGGCAAUGGCUUCAAUCAGUACGUGCUGGACGAGCUCGGCAUGGCGAGGGAGGUACUCGAGGAUGGCCGCUCAGCCGAUGGCUCUCCAUGA